AUGUCGUCUGAUGAGGAGAUCACCGCAGAUGAAUGGGAUCUAGAUGACGCCCAGGAGGAGCUCGUUGAAGUCCAAGGCGCAGAAAGCACCAGUAACAAUAACCAGGCGCUGCUGGCAAAUGCACUGCAGCCGACUCCGUCGCUACCAACAGCACGCCUUCAGUAUCCCGUGAUCCUGCCCCAGCGGCGGCCAAAGCGACGUCAUCGCGGGUUCAUCAGGGCAUAUGCGCCAGACCUCUUAGCGUGCGGUAUUGACCAACAGACGUUCAUAGCUUUUCUCGACGAGCUCGACAAGUCGACUGCCUGGUCCCCUCUCGUGGAGGUCAUCAAUCUGUCGACAAUCGCGACAGUUGCAAUCCCCGGUGGCAUUGGAGCCGCCGUCUCUAUACCCAUCCAAAUCGCUACUGGUAUCUACAAAGAACUCCAGGGACGCAAAGGUCAAAAUGAAUUCUUACACAAGAUGAACGCCGAGAUGUUCCGCCCACGCGGUCUGUACUGUUUGAUAGUUGCUUACAGUCCCUCCGCCAAAGAGCAGGUAACGCAAGAGAACAUUGCUGCCGCUGUCGGGACGAGGACUGAGGCGAGUACAGCUACGUUUGGGGAUCGAUUCAAGAACAACUUCCGAAACUCCGAUGGGAGCUUCGGCUCCCUCGAGUUCCCAACCUCUGCAGAGCUCAUAUUUCCAGGACUUGAAACCGCACCGGGAGACGGGCCCAAGAAGAGCGGAUUCGCUCGGGUGAUGGAGAGGUAUGGUGCCCGUCGCGACCGUAAGCGGACAGCAAAAUGGAUCAGAAAAAACCCCGCCAGCCCCUUGGAAGCUCUUAUGGAUCCGAUGGCGGCGGAAUUGGCGAAAGAAAAGGGACUGAAGAAGCCGAAGAAGAGGAGGCUAGCUAGGAAUCUCCUAUACAUGAUGAUUGUGAAUAUGCCAUCAGAUGACGAAAUGGCUGAGGCUCUUCGUGUCACAACGGGGUCAGCCUAGAACCGCCGACCGUCGACAGUCUCAGGAACGAGAAGUGGUAUCUCGAAUGAAAUUGACCGAGCUAUCCUUGGGAAUAUUUCCUCGUGUCUGCCAUCGUUGUACCUUGUCAACGAGGCGGGCUGCCACUACUAAGCGGCCGGCUUGGAUUGAAGACGAGUCCGAGCACAUGGGGCCUCACGGCGAGUCUCACGCAUUCAAUUGCGUGCGCGACGUCGAGGCUGGUUGGGUCGCGGGGGUUCCAGAUGAUCAACGGCGAGAGGCGUCAUGUGCGGGACGUCAUGGCCGCUCAUAGCGGCGAGUGUGGGAAGUUGAAGAUGGUCUACGAUUGCAUCUCUGAGUGAUAUCAGUCGAGAUUUGCUAUCCGCACUGAGUCUACAAUUAAGCCAAUAGUGCAUCAGA